CGACGAUAUUAUAAAAGCCGAAGGUCCACACACACUCUACCACUCCUCAUCGCAUGCAUUUCAUCAAGUUCGAUCCCGAUCCUGAGGACGAGUUUGUGUUUGCAUGGCAAAGGUCAGCCAGUUCGGAGUCAUCGGAUCAAUGAGCAAACUGCCUCCUGGCUUCGUGUUCGAACCAACCGACGAAGAGAUAUUAUUUGAGUACUUGCGACGCAAGAUUUUCGCCCUUCCUCUCCCUGCCUCCAUCAUCCCCGAACUCAUCAACCUCUCCAACCAUGAUCCAUGGGACUUGCCUGGUGGUGGGAAGCAAGCGGGAUACUUCUUCAGCAACCUCAUCGGAGCCAACAACGCUGUCAUCCGAGCAACUUCUUGUGGAUACUGGAAGGCACAGGGCGUCCCCAAACAGAUCUCGCCUUCUUCAAGCGAUGCUCACAACCGCAUGAUGGUGGGGAUGAAGAAGACUCUGGUGUUCUACAGAGGGCGGCCUCCGCAUGGGUCUAGGACGUCUUGGGUAAUGCACGAAUAUCGCCUCGUUCCUGCACCCUCCGCUGCUCGUGCCCCGCAGCUGAAUUCGUGGGUCAGCGAACUAGGAAGGUGGGUUCUGUGUCGCGUCUUUGUGAAGAAAACAAGCAGCGGCAGCCGCAGAGAUUUCACAAGCAUGGACGUGUCGUCGUCAAGCGGUAGUUGCAUCACGGAGGACUCCUCAUCAGGUGAUGAGAAUGAGGAACAGACUAGUGAAUGGUUUCGUUCGUGAGCUUAGUUAUAUGUAACUGACGGUGAAAGGACCAUUGCCGGCUUUCAAGAUAUCUGUGAACAAGAUCUGAUGAAAUCUACAGUCGUGCGAUUGUUGGUGUCUUA